AUGGUACACCAACAUGGCGACGAAGCUCACAUCCCCGAUGAGCAUAAAGUGCAUCGCGUGGGGGCAUGGCUUCCCGCUGACCAUCGUGUCCAACACGACUGGCUAGCGAAACACAUUGAGCAUCUAGACAAUAACCCGCCGCAGCCAUUGAGCAAGCCGGUGCAGGAAUUCAAAGAGUUUAUCGAAGGGAAUACGCGCAUCUAUAUGUACUUCCAGCAGAUGUGGGAAGAGGUGCCCAUGAAAAAGCCGUAUUAUCAAGACCCGACGGGAAAGAAGCAGAUCAGAUCUUAUGAACAAAUGCUCGCUCUACUCAACCGCAUCUUCACACAGGCUCCGCACUGGAAUGAUACAGCCUAUGGUGUCGGUAUGGUCGGCGUGCCACUGUGUUCAAUUUUCGACUAUGUAAUGUCCACACCAAGCGGCCACGCGGCCUUUCUAGACCCAGACGUCAACAAGAUGUUAAAGAAGAUCUUGAACGAAUGGGGCAAGUUUCUCCAGACCCCCGAAUCCGCCGUAGCUCUCUCAACAGAGACAACAGGCUGGUUCUCAGACCACGGGCGGAAGGAUCUAAUGGAAGUCGCCAACGCACCUCUCCAGACAAACCAUUCCUUCGAGGAGCUGUUCAUCUGCGAUCCCAAGGCGAAGCACCACGGGUAUAAGUCAUGGGACGAUUUCUUCACCCGACAAUUCCGCGAAGGCGUCCGCCCAGUAGCCUCUCUAGACGACGACAACGUGAUCGCCAACGCAUGCGAGUCGACGCCGUACAAUCUCGCCCGUAACUCAUCGCUGCGGGCGCAGUUCUGGGUCAAAGGGCAGCCGUACUCGAUUCUCGAUAUGCUCGCGCAUGAUCCGCUGUCAGCCCAGUUCGACCAAGCGACAGUGUACCAAGCGUUCUUAUCCGCGUUGUCGUAUCACCGCUGGCACUCCCCCGUAAGCGGCAAAAUCGUCCGCGCCUUCGUCCAGGACGGGACAUACUUCAGCGAGCCCCUAUUCACACACACCAACACCUCCUCUGAAUCGUCCCCUGAAACCACAGCCUCGUCCCUCUACUCGAUCAACGCCUCAGGUCUAAGCCAAUCCCAAUCGUACCUUACCAACCUCGCCACCCGCGCAGUAAUCUUCAUCCAAGCAGACAAUCCAGCAAUCGGCCUCCUAGCCUUCGUAGGCGUAGGCAUGGACGAGGUCUCGACCUGCGAAAUCACCGUGCGCCAAGGCCAGCACAUUUCCAAGGGCGACCAGCUAGGCAUGUUCCACUUCGGCGGUUCGACGCACUGCGUGCUCUUCAGGAAGGACGUCCAGGUCACCGGGUUCCCCGAGAUUAAGGCCGACGGAUCGAAGAAGCAGAAUGUGCCUGUGAGGAGUAAAUUAGCUGUUGUGAAGAACGGGGGGAGAUCGUAG